UUGCUCAACAUACUGUUUCUUAUUUUAAAAAGAUAUUGGAAACAGUAAUGCCAGAAUCUAAGGAUGACACAAGUAAUCAUCUUUGGAUGCCAGAAACAAUGUCAAUGAACUGUAUAAAAAAGAUUUUUCAAGAUUUGGCUGAAUCUAAUUACACUCCCUAUCGUGGAAGACUUCAUUGUGGAAGUUUGAGUGGUCCAAUCAUGUUAUUCCCAACUUUAGAAGGAUAUGUUCAAAAUAAUGAUUUUGAGAUAAUCAAUAUUCAACCAUCUAGUGAUAUAACCAUUUGUGGAUUCAUGAAUAUCAACGAAGUCUCAAGUCCACCGGUUCAUAGUCGCCAUUUGAUCUUCAGUACUCCUUUGACUAAGGAUGAAUUACAACGAUUCCAUUCAAUCCUAACAUUUAAAGAUAGCGCAAAUUUUGAUUUAAAUGCUUCAACAACUUUUGACAUGGAAGAAGCUCUUAAUUCAAUACUAACCGAUGAAAGCAAACAACCAUCUUUAUGUGUAUUACUUCAUGGAGCUCUUAAAGUCGAAGGAAUGGUUGCCAUAUGUAAACUUGCACCUAAUUGGUAUGGUAUGAUCUACUCUUGGGCUGACAGUAAAAAGAAAUCAAGUUUAAUGUUUUCAACAUUCAAUGCUGGAACAGAUUGUGUCUCUUGGCUUGGUAAUUUAUCAAUGUUAGGUUUACCUCAGUUAAGUGUAAAAGGAGCAGUUCAAGAGCCUAGUAAAAGCAAUGAACGUAAAAGUUAUUCUUCAUCGUGUGUUGUUUGGAUUAAACAAUCAAACCUUCAAUCUGAUAUUCAAAAAGUUUUACGAUUGGCUAAAAAAUUACCUGAAAUGACACCAAACUGUUGAAAAGAUGAAACAGAC